AUGUCUGCCCCUUUCUGUCGGAAUCUUGUCUCGCGCCGGGCUAUUAAUGUGGCGUAUGUGUAUAUUGGAGAGUUCGAACUAACUUUUGACAGGCCGACUGUGCAGCGCGCUGCCAGUGGUGCCCCAGUGGUGCCCGGUCUGAACUUGCGUGCUGCUGCGCCGGCUGACCCGCACAGCCACGAUGAACAUGCCGCCGCUGGACCACGCGGAGACAUUGGCGCUUUGCCGUCUUGGACCUCGAAGGCCGUGUUGCGUGGUCAUUCGCUGGCGUCUCGGUCGGCCGUGAAUGCGAAGGUGACUGGCGCUCAGAUUCGCACGUUCUCGUCCUCAACUCGCGCUCUUGACACGCCUGAUUUCAGCGGCUCGCGCGUGAAGAGCCCCGAGGUGCACCGCGCCUUUUCUUACUUUUUGAUUGGUAGCUUUGGCGCUAUCUCUGCCGCCAGUGCUCGCUCUACCGUUACCAACUUCCUGUCGACAAUGAGUGCUUCCAGUGAUGUCCUCGCCCUGGCAAAGGUUGAGGUCGACAUGGCCAACAUUCCGGAAGGCAAAAAUGCCAUUAUUAAGUGGCGUGGUAAGCCUGUGUUCGUGCGUCACCGCACUCAGGCUGAGAUUGACGAGGCAAACGACAUCGAUGUCUCGACUCUCCGUGACCCUGAGGCGGAUUCGGACCGUGCCAAGCGCCCUGAGUGGCUCGUAAUGCUUGGUGUGUGUACCCAUCUGGGUUGUGUGCCAAUUGGUGAGGCUGGUGAGUACGGUGGCUGGUUCUGCCCUUGCCACGGUAGUCACUAUGACAUCAGCGGUCGUAUCCGCAAGGGUCCUGCUCCCCUCAACCUUGAAGUCCCUGAGUACGACUUCAACGACAGCGAGAACAAGCUUAUUAUCGGUUAA